ACUGUAUAUCUAAUCAAUAAGAACUCGCGAGCAGUGAUUUCAUUCUCUGAUAUAACUUCAAACACAUAUGAUGCAUUAAUUUUAGAGACAAUUGGUGAUACGCAAUCCACAUUGGGAGUUUACCAUUUGCUGGUAAUUAUAAGGGAACAUGAUUUGUGUCAUUUGAUUGUCAAUUACCUAAUGAUGUGAAAGAUUAAAACAUACAGACUGAGUAACAAAAUCAUCAUAGAGACUAGAGAGAAUUGCGGAAUGAAGUGUCGACAGGGGAUUUUAGCACCGACCAAUAACGAUACUUGCGAUACACUGCAGUGACAAUAUAUAUUCUCGCAAUUUUAAGAUAAACAGUUUCCUCGGUGAACCACAUGUUGUUUGUGCGGAAUUCGAUUUGUAAAGCGACAGCUUUGUAACAAGGGAAAAAAGGAAUCUUUAUUUAUUAGCUUCUGGAAAGAUAAACAACGAUUUUUAACGCAGAUGUUUGAUAUAAUAUUGGACUGAAAGUGAUACAUGGCAUAUUGUAUCGAAUGAAUUAGAGAGGACUUGAUCAAUGCUGAUAAACGUGUAUUUAAUAUGAUUCUUUACAAAGAAAAAUGCUAUAAAUUUGAAACAAUACACUGACAAUAUUAUUCUCUUUGAUAUAGCUUUGCUAAAGUGUUAACAAUUAUUGCACGGCUUGCAUAUUAAUUAACCAGCCAGAGGUGUUACGGUUGACACUGAAACAAGAUUCAUGUCGGCAGCAUGAAUGUUACAAAUCUUACAAACAAUACAAUUGGACAAUACGAAGGAGGUGCACACGAUAAUAUCAAGAUGCAAGUUCAGUAUGUGCUGUAUGUGUACAUAUUACCGUUCAUUGUCUUUAUCGGUUUGAUUGGCAAUUUCACGUCAAUAAUUGUCAUAUUAGCUGACAAACAGAUGAGAAAUGUCUCUUCAAGCAUAUACCUUAUGUCAGUGUUGGCGUCUGACACGGGCAUGUUGUUCAGCUUGUUCCUGGUUUGGUUGGAAUCCCUCGGCUAUCCUAUAAACCAUUUACCUGUUGUAUGUAGGGCAAAUGUCUACUUGACAUAUGUAUUUGGAUUUCUGUCGAUUUGGUAUGUAGUUUGUAUAACGGUGGAAACAUUUAUCACGAUAUGCCAUCCUACAAAAAUAAAGCAGAUGUGCACGUUAUUUCGUGCACGGGCAGUUGCAGUAGUGUUGCUCCUAACAGCUUUGGUUUUGUACAUAACAUCACCAAUUAUUACAGAGGUUCAACCAGUAACCUACCCGUCUGUAAACCGCACGAUAAUGCAGUGUAAGACACGAGCAGAGUUUCAACGUCAUGAAAAGACGGUGUCGUACGUGGACACCGUCUUAACGCUUCUUGUACCAAUGACUUUAUUGGUCAUUCUUCUUACUUUAAUGACAUUGUCUAUCAUUCAAUCUAUACAGAAGAAGCAGCAAAGAAGCAUAAAAAGAAAUGUUGAAGGUGGAGGCGACAAAGGUGGCAGUUUCUCCAGGAAAUUGCCUCAAGUUAGGGUUGCCAAAAUGUUAUACAUUCUAUCAGUGAGCGUUGUGGUGCUAAACGCACCUAGCCAUGUAUUGAGACUUAAAUUUAUGUUUGCGCAGACCCAGCACUUAGGUGACGCCGAAGGACUGCUACAUCUUAUAUUAUUGUUUGUAAGUUAUACGUCUUUUUCUGUGAAAUUCUUUAUCUGCAUUGGAUGCAGCAAAAACUUUAGAAAACUAUUCCUAAAUAGCUGCAGCUGCGGAUAUGGAAAACUAAAGUAUAGGAGUGUUCCACAACAGACAAUGGAAACUGCCGCCUGACUUUUUAGAUACAUCUACAAAUGAAACAUGCACGUUACAACGUCAUGAU